AUGUUAUCUGGGGCUCUGGCUGUUUCUGAGAGGCUUGCAUCGAGAGGGUUACUGAUAGAUACAAGAUGUAUGGUGUGUGGUCAUACGGAGGAGACUAUCUGUCACAUGUUGUUUAAGUGUCAUGUAGCUAGACAAGUUUAUGCGGUAUCAAAUGUUCCAUCACCACCUAAUGGUUUCUCGGACCAUGAUGUGGUGAAGAACUGGGAAUUUUUGAUGGGUUUAAUGCAGGAAGAGAGACAGCCGGAGGAGAUUCGCCGAACUAUUCCCUGGUUGUUAUGGGGUACAUGGAAAUGGCGAAAUAACUUUAUUUUCCAAAGUAAGCAAAUGGAUAUUCAAGAGUUGGUGAACAAAGCUUAUCAGGAAUCCUCACAGUGGGUCGCAGCUCAAGUUGUGGUUGCUUCUUUGGAUAAAUAUUUGGUUGUAAAGCAACCAAGUAUUGAGAUGAAGUGGAGAAGGCCAAUGGUAGGGGUUGUAAAAUGUAACAUUGCUGCUUCAUGGAGGAAUAAAUUAACAAUGGUUGGUGGAGCGUGGAUUACUAGAGAUUGUCAAGGCCAUGUGUUACAUCAUGCAAGGUCUGCCUUACAGGCUACUGACACGGGGAUUUUAGCAAAUCUGCGGUGCUCACUAUGGGCAUUGGAGGCGUUGCAGAUCUUACAUGUGACUAGGGUGGAAGUGGUGAUGGACAACGCAGCAGUGGUUGAUGCAAUUAACAGUCCGUGUGAGUGGCCAAGAUACGCUUUCAUAUUGAGAGACAUUCACCUGAUACUAGCAAGCUUUGACUACUCGGAAUGUCACCAGGUGGCGAUAUCAGCGAAUCAGGUGGCUGUGGUGAUUGCAAAAAGUGUUACGUCAUAUCUAUCACUUGGAGGCCCUUCGUGGUUGCAUGAGCAGGUGCGGGCUGAUAUGGGUUUUUAG